AUGUCUCCAGUUUAUGAUGCUGACAAAUAUGAUGCUUCCCAAUUUCAAAAAGCCCAUAAUAACAAAACUAAAAAUGGUGCUUUCACUGUCAAUUCAACUAAUAAACAACUAGCCAAAUAUCCUGAAUAUUUACCUACUUGGGAUCCAAAUCAAAAAUU